CCCAUGGCUGUGGAGGAGCUGGGCAUCACCUUGUCCAUGGUGGGCCUGGCAGGCACCAUCCUGAUCUGCGCCCUGCCCAUGUGGAAGGUCACAGCGUUCAUCGGCACCCACCUGGUGGUCAUGCAGGUGUUCUGGGAGGGCCUGUGGAUGACCUGUGUGUCUGAAACCACGGGACAGAUGCAGUGUAAGAUCUACGACGCUCUUCUAGACCUGUCCCCUGACCUCCAGGCGGCCCGGGGCCUCAUUGUCAUCAGCAUGGUACUGGGAUGCCUGGCGUUCCUCGUCUUCCUCCUGGGGGCUAGGUGUACCAACUGCCUGAGCCAUCCCAGGGUCAAAGCCUGCAUGGUGCAGGCCGCAGGGGUCACCUUCACCCUGGCUGGGUUAAGCACCAUAGUGGCUGUGUCCUGGACAGCCCAGUCUAUCAUUAGGGACUUCUAUAACCCGCGGGUCCCUGAGGUGCUGAAGGAGAUGGGGGCGGCCAUCUAUGUGGGCUGGGUGACCUCUGGGUUCCUGUUCUGUGGAGGAGGGGUGCUGUGUACCAGAUGUCCUCCAGGGGGGAGAGAGGGCAAGCAUGGUUCCAGCAAUAGGUACACCCUGGCUAGGAUGCCCACUCACACUCACAGCAGCUACACCAUAAAGAACUAUGUGUGAGAGGGGAGUGCUUUAUUUGCCUGUUAACUUCAGGUAAAUCAUGUUGGUAGGUGUUGGCACUCUGAAAAGACAUGUCACAGCAUGUUUUUCCAUCAGAACACUGUAAUUUUGAACAUGUCUGGUCGUUCAGUGUAUUGUCUGACUUUGAUGCCUUUAGAAUUGCCCUGGAACUAUUUGAUACAAGCUUUGGUGGAAGUUAUUAAAAAUAAGAUAAUAUUAGUUAAUUAUUGUUACAAAAUAAGUCUGGCUUAGGUAAUUGUAGAUAUUCAAAUGUUCACUAUCACCAUGAAAGAUGUUUGUUGAGUAAAUAUCUGUUAUUUAAAUAUGAUCACUGAAAAUCAACAGGUUACUGUUAUUGACAGUACAAGUACGUCCACUGAAUGAACCUGAUUGUUUUUACAUCCCUGUGUUGUAAUUCACAUCAUUUCAUUUUUUACAUUCUAUUAAACUGUGGUUAUUACUUGUAAUGUGUUUUUGUAACAUGUUUUUCACAUUUUAUUUUGUGACUAGAAUCUGCAUUAAAAGAAAAUCGAUGCAGCAUUUUAGAGGGGAGCAAAUCAGGUUUUUUGAAUGAUUUGCGAUUU